UGUGCCACCCCACCUCCCUUCUCUUAUCCAAUGUCUGCAGCAUCACAACACAUGAAAAGAAAACAAGUUCAGCUAGUUAUGCUAGGAAGGAAAAAAAAAACAAACAAAAAAAGCAAGAGUUUCCUGCCUCUCUUAAGAACCUCAUCCACUGAUAAUUCCUCACUACCAUCUUUUGACUUGAGCUGUUAAGGUGUUUGCUGUUUUUUUAUCUAACACUGCUGAAGGAAAACAGCAGCAAAUUGGCCAGCACUGAGGAAGCUGACACUCAGAGAAUGGGACCUCAUAUAUUUCUUCUCCUGUUAGCAGGACUAAUGGGAGCAACAUUCACUCAAUCAACAGUUGACCCCACAUUAUCGGCAGUCAACACUACAUUACAAUCAGCCGACACAACUUUAUCCUCAGACAACCAAACAACAUCCCAGGCUGGCACAGUAACAGAACCAGAAAACACAACUUCAUCAGUUAUCAGCACAGUUGCUGAACCACCCGACACAACUUUAUCAAUGGUCAGCGAAGUGUCAGAACCAGACAACACAACUUCAUCACUAAUCAGCACAGUUACGGAAGCAGCUGAUACAACUUUUUCAGUGGUUAGUGAACCAGAAAACACUACCUCAUCACCAGCCAGCACAAUGUCUGAACCAGUUGAUACAACUUUAUCAAUGGUCAGUGAACCAGAAAACACAACUUUAUCACUAUCCAGCACAGUGUCUGAACCAGCUGAUACAACUUUAUUUAUGGUCAGUGAACCCGACAACACAACUUCGUCACCAAUCAGCACAGUUACUGAACCAGCUGAUACAACUUUAUCAAUGGUUAAUGAACAAGAAAACACAACCUCAUCAUCAAUCAGCACAGUGUCUGAACUAACUCAAACAACUUCAUCAAUGGUCAGUGAACCAGUAAACACAACUUUAUCAUCAAUCAGUGCAGUAACUGAACCAGUCGAUACAACUCUAUCAAUGGUCAGUGAACCAGACAACACAACUUUGUCUCCAUCCAGCACAGUGUCUGAACCAGUUGAUACAACUUUAUCAGUGGUCACUGAAACAAACAACACAACUUCAUCACCAAUCAGCACAGUUAGUGAACCAGCUGAUACAACUUUAUCAGUGGUUAGUGAACCAGAAAAUACAACUUCAUCACCAUCCAGCGCAGUGUCUGAACCAGCUGAUACAACUUUAUCAAUGGUUAGUGAACAAGAAAACAAAACCUCAUCACCAAUCAGCACAGUGUCUGAACUAACUCAAACAACUUCAUCAAUGGUCAGUGAACCAGAAAACAUAUCUUCGUCACCAUCCAGUGCAGUGUCUGAACCAGUCGAUACAACUCUAUCAACGGUCAGUGAACCAGACAGCACAACUUCGUCACCAUCCAGCACAGUGUCUGAACCAGUCGAUACAACUUUAUCAAUGGUCAGUGAAACAAACAACACAACUCCAUCACCAAUCAGCACAGUUACUGAAUCAGCUGAUACAACUUUAUCAGUGGUUAGUAAACCAGAAGAUAUAACCUCAUCACCAUCCAGCGCAGUGUCUGAGCCAGUCGAUACAACUUUAUUAAUGGUUAGUGAACAAGAAAACACAACCUCAUCACCAAUCAGCACAGUGUCUGAACUAACUCAAACAACUUCAUCAAUGGUCAGUGAACCAGAAAACACAACUUCAUCACCAUCCAGUGCAGUGUCUGAACCAGUCGAUACAACUUUAUCAAUGGUCAGUGAAACAAACAACACAACUUCAUCACCAAUCAGCACAGUUACUGAACCAGCUGAUACAACUUUAUCAAUGGUCAGUGAACCAGACAACACAACUUCAUCACCUUCCAGCACAGUGUCUGUACCAGUCGAUACAACUUUAUCAAUGGUCAGUGAAACAAACAACUCAACUUCAUCACCAAUCAGCACAAUUACUGAACCAGCUGAUACAACUUUAUCAGUGGUUAAUGAACCAGAAAAUACAACCUCAUCACCAAUCAGCACAGUGUCUGAACUAACUCAAACAACUUCAUCAAUGGUCAGUGAACCAGACAACACAACUUCAUCACCAAUCAGUGCAGUAACUGAACCAGUCGAAACAACUUUAUCGGUGGUCAGUGAACCAAGCAACACAACUUCAUUACCAAUCAGCACAGUGUUUGAACCAGCCAAUACUACUUCAUUACCAGUCAACACAGUAACUGAACCAGCAGAUACAACUUUAUCAGUCAGCGAAUCAAGCAACCCAACUUCAUCACCAAUCAGCACAGUAACUGAACCAGCUGAAACAACUUUAUUAGUGGUCAGUGAACCAAGCAACACAACUUCAUUACCAGUCAGCACAGUAUCUGAACCAGCCAAAACAUCUUUAACAAUUGUCAGUGCAGUGACAGAACCAGAAAACAUCUCUGUUGCGACCGUCAGUUCAGUCACACCACCAGUGAAUACAUCCCCAUCAACAUUUACUGCCACAUCCCCUGAAACUGAAAUUUUAACAGAUGCCACAAUUCCAACAACACUCAACAUGACAUCUGCAGUGACUGAAUUAAACAAUGAAACCUUUACACCCAAUGUUGCCACGAGUUCACAUACAGAUGGCACAACCAUAACACUAAAAGUCACCACAAGUUCACCUUCAGAAAAUGUGACAUCUUCACCUGUGCAAAUGACCUCAACAAUGGGGAACAUCACCUCAACAUUUGAGACCUCUAUUUUUUCCUCACCUCCCAUCAGCCUGACCGCAUCAACUCCAGCCUCAACUCUGUUGCCAGCCACUAACACCGCACCAAAUUCUGCUACGCCUUCACCACCUCCCAACGUAACAUCUCCACCAACAGUCUCCACAGACAAUGCAACCUCACUACCUGUCAACACAAACCCAACAUCAUUUACUAACUUAACCCCACCACAUUCUACUAUGCCCUCUCCACCUUCCAACGCAACAUCUCCUUCAACAGUUUCCACAGGCAAUGAAACCUCACUACCUGUCAACACAAACCCACCAUCAUUUACUGACUUAACCCCACCACAUUCUACUAUGCCCUCCCCACCUUCCAACGUAACAUCUCCACCAACAGUCUCCAUAGGCAAUGAAACAUCACUACCUGUCAACACAAACCCACCAUUUACUGACUUAACCCCACCACAUUCUACUGUGCCCUCUCCACCUUCCAACGUAACAUCUCCACCAACAGUUUCCACAGGCAGUGAAACCUCACUACCUGUCAACACAAACCCACCAUCAUUUACUAACUUAACCCCACCACAUUCUACUGUGCCCUCCCCACCUUCCAACGUAACAUCUCCACCAACGGUCUCCACAGGCAAUGAAACAUCACUACCUGUCAACACAAACCCACCAUCAUUUACUAACUUAACCCCACCACAUUCUACUGUGCCCUCUCCACCUUUCAACGUAACAUCUCCACCAACAGUCUCCACAGGCAAUGAAACCUCACUACCUGUCAACACAAACCCACCGUCAUUUACUAACUUAACCCCACCACAUUCUACAGUGCCCUCUCCACCUUCCAACGUAACAUCUCCACCAACAGUUUCCACAGGCAGUGAAACCUCACUACCUGUCAACACAAAUCCAGCAUCAUUUACUAACUUAACCCCACCACAUUCUACUGUGCCCUCUCCACCUUCCAGCGUAACAUCUCCACCAACAGUCUCCACAGGCAAUGAAACUUCACUACCUGUAAACACAAACCCACCAUCAUUUACUAACUUAACCCCACCACAUUCUACUACGCCCUCCCCAUCUUCCAACAUAACAUCUCCACCAACAGUCUCCACAGGCAAUGAAACCUCACUACCUGUUAACACAAACCCACCACCAUUUACUAACUUAACUUCACCACAUUCUACUAUGCCAUCGCCUCAGGCCAACAUGACAUCUCCAUUAAUCGUCACAGUGCCAGCUAUUGCAAGUACUCCACUUACAACUUUGACAUCAGCACCACCAACAACCACUGCUACAACUACACCUACAACCACUACCACUACCACUACCACUACCACUACGACAACCACAACUACAACUACAACCACGACCACAACUACAACACCUCCUCCGCCACCACCGCCUCAAGUCAAUCUAGGAUUUAAAGUGCAGCAACCGUUUCAAUCUGAACUCAAAAAUAAAUCAACUCCACAGUAUAUAGAACUGGAGAAAACAGUGACCAAGCAACUUGACAUGGUCUAUAGAAACAAAUUUGGGGGGCGUUUCAAUCGAACUGAAGUCAGAGGAUUCAGUCAAGGAUCUAUUGUAGUAGAUGCUCUGCUGAUAUUCAAUGUUGUCAACAAUGUGACAGCACCACCAAAUUCCAGUGAUGUGACGGAAACUUUGAUUAAUGCUACUACCUCCGAUGCAAAUUUCACCCUAAGUGUCAAUACCUCCACUAUUUCUGCAGAAG